UCGUACGGCCCACAACUCGUCUCUUCCUUCAUAACAUCAGGGUCAACCAGACGAGACGACAAAGAAUUUGGGGGACAAAAGCGAAGCAGAGAGGCCGUGGAUCUUCUCUCUCUCUCUCUCUCUCUCGGUUCAAUGGUUUCAAGGCAUGGUAUUUCGCUGCUGUUUUUGUUGCUAAUUGGAUGUUUCAAUGCAGUCUCUGGAAAUCUAGGGAUUUUGGAAAUCAAUGAUCACAAAAUGACAACCUUGAGUAAACUGAAUGGUUCUGGAAGAAAUGGACAAAUAUGCACACUCUGUGAAGAUUUUGCUAGUCAGACUUUAUCUUAUCUUAGUGAUAAUGAAACUCAGAUUAUGAUCAUCAAUGGCCUCCAUCAUGUUUGUUCCAAGCUUUACUCUCUCAAGCAUCAGUGUCUUGAGUUGGUGGAUUACUAUGUACCCAUGUUCUUUGUCAUGGUUAGUCAGAUACAACCAAAGGAAUUCUGUGAAGAAGUCAAGCUCUGUGAGAUUAUGACUUCUUUGCGCCUUCCAAAUCAUGAUGGCCCCUGCAAAAUUUGCCAUAAUCUUGUUGUUGAAGUUCUUACCAAACUGACAGAUCCUGACAUACAGCUGGAGAUAAUUGAGGUGCUUCUGAAGGCAUGCAGCAAAAUGGAUAAUUAUGCACAAGAGUGCAAGAAGAUCGUCUUCCACUACGGUCCAUUGAUAUUGUUUGAUAUCGAGAAAUAUCUGGAGACAACGGACGUCUGUGCUGCUAUUCAUGUAUGCAAGGUCAAUCAAGAAGCCGGCAUUGGUGCUACACUUCUGGCUGAUGCUUAAGCCCAUUGUUCAAACAUUUCCCAUGAAACUGUUGUUGUAUAUGGAUCCUUCUUCAUUUAAACUGAUUUCAUGUUGUAAGCAGAACUCCAUUGAUUCACAGCAAAUGAAUUGGAUGUUGUAAUUGUUAAUGUGACACAAAAUGUUCCACAGUUAAUCUCUGUUUGUGGACAAAGUUCUUGUGUUGUUGGAGAAUAAAUGUUUAAAGAAUUGUUUUGCAUUUUAA